AUGGCAGCCCCGAAGAACUCGCGGAAAUACGAUCUCGUGCUCGUCGGAGCGAGUGGGUAUACUGGCAGCCUCACUGCCGAAUACAUCGUCAACUACCUUCCUGACGACUUGAAAUGGGUUAUUGUAGGCAGAUCCGAGGAGAAGCUGGAGAGUCUUGCUGCGGUAAUCAAAGGCAUGGGUGCACAACGCCUACAGCCAGCCGUCGAGGUGGUGUCGUUUGGUGAUCGAGAAGAAUUCCAUAGGCUCAUAAACAGUGCCAAGGUGUGCGUCACCUACUGGCGGAUCGGAGAAAUGGUUGUCGAGGCUUGCGCUGAGAAUUCGACAGAUUAUAUAGACUGCGCAGGCGACACUUACCUGUGGCAUGGCUUCAACAAGCGCUAUCACGAGAAAGCCGUGACUAAUGAAGCCGCUCUUAUACAAUCGUGCGGUAUCUUCACUGGUCCACAAGACCUCCUGACCUGGGUCGCUGUCCGAGAGCUGGUAAAAAGACGCUCGGCGAAGACGAAGGAGGUCAUUCUAAGCGUGAUCGAAGCGUCAUUCGUCGCCAGCGCGGGCUCAGUUGAAAGCUUUAUUCACCAGAAGGGUCGUGGUCCUGAAGCAGUCCAAGCGUCUCGAGAUCCAUGGGCCUUGUCGCCGGUCAGGGGUGUAUCAUCCUCUGCUUCGACCAACCUGUUCGGCAUACGCCACGACUCUACUCUGGGUUUGCUUGCGAACUCGGCGACAGGUGCACCACAAGAUCGCGCAGUCAUCCACAAGACCUGGGGCCUCCUCCAAGGGACGGACAAGUCGUAUGGGGAUCGCUUCCAAUACAACGAAUUCGAUAAGGUCACUUCUACUAAACUGGCCAAGAGAUAUCUGCCGCCGCUCAGCGCAGGUCCGGACGUGGAGAAGACGCGGGAUUCGCCUGUGAAAAUGGAGGCUGUUGCUGUAGCUGAGCCGGGCUCCGGCGAGAAGAAGAAGAAGAAGAAGAAGAAGUAA